UGCACAAACAGGAAGUCUCUGCCACUCUCUCUGUCACGCAGUUUCAGAGAAACAAAACAUUACUCAAUCUCUUUCACAAAAACGAGACUUAGCACUGUGUCUGUCAGAAAGGCACAGAAAAAAUCUGUCUCUGCCAGAGAAACAAAGCUUAACUUUCUCAGUGUGAGCAGUGAAAUGGCUGAGGCUAAUACCUUGGUGGAUCAGGACCAGUUCAGCUGUUCAAUCUGUCUGGAUAUACUGAAGGAUCCGGUGACUAUUCCCUGUGGACACAGUUACUGUAUGGGCUGUAUUAAGGACUGCUGGGAUCAGGAUGAUCAUAUUGGUGUCUACAGCUGUCCCCAGUGCAGACAGACCAUCACCCCAAGGCCUGUUCUGGGCAGAAACACCAUGCUGGCUGAAGUGGUGGAGAAACUGAAGAAGACAGGACUCCAAGCUGCUCCUCCUGCUCACUGUUACGCUGGACCUGGAGACGUGGCGUGUGAUAUCUGUACUGGGAGAAAGCGCAAAGCCAUCAAGUCCUGUCUGGCAUGUCUGGCAUCUUACUGUGAAAUUCACCUCCAGCCUCACUAUGAAUCUCCUCCUCUUAAGAAACACAAACUGGUCAAAGCCACUGGAAACCUGCAGGAGAAGAUCUGCUCUAAUCACGACAAACUGAUGGAGGUUUUCUGUCGUAGCGAUCAGCAGUGUAUCUGUAUGCUGUGUGUGAUGGAUGAACACAGAGGCCAUGAUACAGUCUCAGUGGUAGCAGAAAGGACUGAGAAACAGAAGCAGCUGGGGGUGACACAGAGUAAGUUCCAGCAGAGAAUCCAGGAGAGAGAGAAGGAGCUGCAGGAUCUGAGACAGGCUGUGCAGUCACUCAAGCGCUCUGCACAGACAGCAGUGGAGGACAGUGAGAGGAUCUUUACUGAGCUGAUCCGCUCCAUUGAGAGAAGGUGCUCUGAGGUGAAAGAGCUGAUCAGAGAUCAGGAGAAGGCUGAAGUGAGUCGGGCUGAAGGACUCCUGGAGCGACUGGAGCAGGAGAUUGCUGAGCUGAGGAGGAGAGAGGCUGAGCUGGAGCAGCUUUCACACACAGAGGAUCACAUCCAUUUCCUCCAGAGCUGUCAGUCCCUCUGUGCCCCUCCUGGACCUGGAGACUUACCCAGCAUCACUGUCAGUCCAAACGUCUCUUUUGAGGCUGUGAGGAAAUCUGUCUCUGAACUGAAAGAGCGACUGGAGGAUGUUUUCAAGGCGGAGUUCAAAGUUUCUGGAAGAGGUUGGUGGACAAACCCUGCUGCAGAAAGUGUGUUUAGUCACUGCACACAACACAGUGGUGAGAUGAUCUGCCUAAGAUUCACUCUUACAACAUGAAAGGAACUUACACACGUUAUAUAUUAUAAGCCAUUGUGCGGUGUUUGGGUUUGUUUGGGUUUAUUAAAAGAAAAAUGAGACGUUGAAAUAUUUUUCUCAACCUGAGACACAUUGGCCUGGCCUCAUUUAAAAGAACACAAUUUAAUUUAGUGCACACUGCACCCCCCUUCACAUUUAUAUUACAGACACUCAGAGAUCACUUUAUUGGGUAGUUUUUCCAAUUCGUUCAGUUCAAAGCAAUAAACAUCAAUCGUGAUGAAAACCUUAUUUAAUUUAUAUUUGUACAAGAUUAACAUGAUUUAUUCCACCCAUGUCUUGAUUAUGAUUGAUUGAUUUUCAAAAAUCACAUUUUAUCACAAAUAGUGAAUAGCUCUUUUAUUGAUAAAUAUGGUCUGGCAGAGGGGAAUGGUAAUUAUUAACCAUAUAUGCUGUCUGUAUUGCUUGUAAUU